AUGGAAACGCUACCUGGUUUACUUCUCGGAUUCGGGGUUGCUCUCAUCUUUGUCCACUGUGCGAAGAGCGCAUUGCAGAAGGCGUCAAAUCUUCCUUAUCCACCUGGACCUCGUCCACUUCCUAUCUUAGGCAAUAUUCGCCAGGCUCCAGCAUCUUUCCCGUGGCUCACAUAUCAAGAAUGGGCACGCCCGAUCGUUCAUUUCCAGGCGUUCAAUAACCACACCAUCAUCAUUAAUUCAGCAACAGUGGCCAACGACUUGUUGGAGAAACGUUCUCAAAUCUAUAGCGACCGCCCUCAAAUUCCUAUGACCACAAUGAUGGGAUGGGAUUUCGCGCUUGGAUUCAUACCAUAUGGUUCGAGAUGGAGGCAAUACCGACGAAUUCUGCAUCAAUACCUCCGUCGUGAGGCGUCCUUGGAUUAUCGAGCUAUCGAGUUGAAGAAAAUUCAUGACAUGCUUCGCCUUUUUCUCGUCAGCCCUACCGAUUUUUACGCUCACAUUCGCAGUCUUGCUGCCGCAAUUAUCAUGUCGACUGUUUACAACUACGACAUCAAGCCAACAAACGACCCAUUCGUAGACUUGGCUGAGGCAUCAUUACAACGCCUUGGGGCAUCGGUAUUUCCUGGUGCUAUGUUCGUUAAUUUGCUCCCUUGGCUUCGUCACUUCCCGGGUUGGCUUCCCGGGUUUGGGUUCCAAGCCUUUUGUGCAGACACGAGAGUUUUGACCCAACGAAUGACUCGAGAUCCCUACGUGUAUGCUCAACAGAACAUGCUUGAAGGGCGAGACACUUCAUCCAUGGUCGCAAAGAUUCUUGCAUCUGGAAAAGCACAGGGCGACUCAAAGAUUAUAGCAGAAGUGGCGGGUGUUGCCUUUGCUGCUGGAGCCGAUACGACGGUGUCAGCUGUUACCACCUUUAUUCUCGCAAUGGCCACCAAUCCCGAUAUUCAAAGAAAGGCUCAAGUAGAAAUCGAUAAUGUUGUUGGGUCACAUCGACUGCCCGAUUUCUCCGACAGAGAAGAGCUGCCAUAUAUCGAGGCUGUCUAUCGUGAAGUCCUUCGAUGGAGACCUGUUUCGUCCUUUCGGUUCCUAAGAGAUUGCUUGCUGCUUACUAGUCUCCAGGGUCAGAGCUCCAUGCCCAACUACAAGGUUAUAACUUUUCUGCAGGGGCCACGGUCAUUCCGAAUAUUUGGUUUGCUCGAACUCGUUGUUGUCGUGGAUGGAGAUAAUACUCUUUUUAGGGCCAUGUGUCACGAUGAAUCGAUAUAUCCCGAGCCCGACAAAUUCAAGCCGGAGAGAUUCCUUUCCGACAACGGAAAAGUGACGAGUGAUCCUCGAAUGAAUAUCAUGGCGUUUGGGCACGGUCGUCGUGUCUGCGUAGGCCAACAUCUCGCCGACGACUCUGUUUGGGCUUCAAUCGUCUCUAUCCUCUCUGUAUUCAACAUUGCCAAAGCACGUGACUCUUCCGGGAAGGAGAUCGAUAUUCCUGGCGGGUAUAGUGACUUGUUGAUCAGUCACCCCGAACCAUUCGAUUGUGCAAUCACGCCGCGGUCUUCGAAAACGCAGACGUUGAUUGAGGAUACGGCGAACAGAGAUUACUCAGAUACUGUGCGAAGUUGA